UGCCUGACCCUCGCAGGCCGCCACCAGACCCAGACCAAUUCGCGGGACCCAAACACCGCUACGCUGUGCACGCAGCCUCCCACGGGCCGGCGAGUUGAUCUUUUCUUGAGCUUUAGUUCCUCUCCCUCAGGACACCAUCGAUCCGCGGACUGACACACAUUCGAGAAGAUGGUGAUAACGUCCCCGACACUGUUUGCCCGCACUAGGGGAGGAGACAAGUACUGGAAGAGGAGGAGAGUGUUCUCGCUGACUGCGCACUUCUAUGGCCGAAAGAAGAAUUGUUACACUUCUGCUAUAAGAUAUGUUCAUCGGGCUCUACAGUAUAACACUCUGGCACGACAGCUAAAGAAGCGUGACCUUAAGGAGUUAUAUGAUACACGCAUUACUGCUGCUUGCACUGAGUUAGGCACACAGUACACAGACAUGAAGAGUGUGCUGGACAACACCAAUAUUGCCUUGGACAGAGGUAUUUUGCAAAACCUGGCUAUAUGGGAGCCACGAUCUUUCCGGGCUCUCACACUAGUUGCCAAAGCCAAACAAGCAGAACUUGGUUUGAACUCCUUGGAAGGUCCUUCUCCAGCUGGUGUGAUCACUCGGGGAAUGUUGUAGUCAUUUCUUCCCCUCACUUGAAUGAAAAAUAUAAAGUGUUUGUAGAGACUAUACCAGGGCUACUCAGCUGGUGAACUGCGGUCUGAAUCUGGACCUUGCGAGUGUUGUAGCUGGACCCCAGGCUCCAGGAGUAGAUAGAUAUAAAAAAAUAACAUGAAGGUCCUGCCAAUGGAUUCUUGCCAGUGCAUUUCCUCCACUGACCGUUGACCCUACAGUCAAGAAAUACACCAGGACCUUCAUGUUAUUUAAUUAUAAUUUUCUACUCCUGGAGCCUGGGGUCCAGCAGUAAUAUUUAUCUGGACCUCUGCAUACAUUUGAACUUGUCUAGCUGGACCUUUGCUCCUAAUAGUUGAGUAGCCCUGGCCUAUACCCGAAGUCUUCUGGAGCAAAACGGUUAUUUUCCCUUUGUGAUUGAGAGAUCUGUGGAAUUAUUUAUAAAUGUAAUAAAACUGUAUAUAAAUAUUAGUAGUAUAAGUCUACUCAAGAAGAGAGCACAUCUCGCAUUGCACAAAAAUGUAACCAGUGUCAAUAUUUGAAGAGAAAUUACAUAUUGAAAUCAGACAAGAAAAGGUAACCUGGGUUAAGUAGACCACAUUCCUGUUGGCACCCAUAGUAAAAUGAGUAAGUCCA